AUGGCUUCCCGUGGUCUUCCCCGUGCCCUCCGCAUGGCCCGUGUGGCCGCCCCUCGCUCGGUCGUCACCGCUGCCCUUCCCCGGCCUGCUCUGGCCAAGGUUGUGCCCCGUGUCAUCGCUCCCAUGACCCCCGUCCGUGGUAUCAAGACCAUUGACUUCGCCGGUGUCAAGGAGGAUGUCUACGAGCGUGCCGAUUGGCCUCGUGAGAAGCUCCACGAGUUCUUCAAGAACGACACCCUUGCCCUCAUCGGUUACGGCUCCCAGGGUCACGGCCAGGGUCUCAACCUCCGUGACCAGGGCCUCAACGUCAUUGUCGGUGUCCGCAAGGAUGGUGCUUCCUGGAAGGAGGCCAUCGAGGACGGCUGGGUCCCCGGCAAGAACCUGUUCGACAUGAACACUGCCAUCGAGAAGGGUACCAUCGUCAUGAACCUGCUCUCCGAUGCCGCCCAGUCUGAGACUUGGCCCGCUAUUAAGCCCCUCAUCACUAAGGGCAAGACCCUCUACUUCUCUCACGGUUUCUCCCCCGUCUUCAAGGACCUCACCAAGGUCGAGGUCCCCAAGGACGUCGACGUCAUCCUCGUUGCCCCCAAGGGUUCCGGCCGUACCGUCCGCUCUCUCUACCGUGAGGGCCGUGGUAUCAACUCCUCCAUUGCCGUCUACCAGGAUGUCACUGGCCAGGCCAAGGAGAAGGCUAUUGCCAUGGGUGUUGCCGUCGGCUCUGGCUACCUCUACGAGACCACCUUCGAGAAGGAGGUCUACUCUGACCUCUACGGUGAGCGUGGUUGCUUGAUGGGCGGUAUCCACGGUAUGUUCCUCGCUCAGUACGAGGUUCUGCGUGAGCGUGGCCACUCCCCCUCCGAGGCCUUCAACGAGACCGUUGAGGAGGCCACUCAGUCCCUCUACCCCCUCAUCGGUGGUAACGGUAUGGACUGGAUGUACGCUGCCUGCUCCACCACCGCCCGCCGCGGUGCCCUCGACUGGUCCCCCCGCUUCAAGGAUGCCCUGAAGCCCGUCUUCAACGACCUCUACAACGCCGUCAAGGACGGUUCCGAGACCCAGCGCUCCCUCGACUACAACUCCCAGCCCGACUACCGCCAGAAGUACGAGAAGGAGAUGGAGGAGAUCCGUGAGCUCGAGAUCUGGCGCGCCGGAAAGGCCGUCCGCUCUCUCCGCCCCGAGAACCAGAAAUAA